AAAAGGCAAAGUGGGGUGCAGACCGACAAGAGGGCGGGGCUUCCCCCCUACCGUCAAUAGCUAACAACCUUGUUUGAAAGUUAACAGCCAUUCUAGUUUGCUUCAUAACCAAAUCCUAUUAAUUUAGUGAGUACUUCAGGAAAACAGGCUUCAUGACAGCAGAAUGACGCCAGAAUGGAGUCUUGUGAGACAUGACAGAAUGCGUUCAGUAGUUCCAGUUGUUUGGUCAACUGUUCAUGUGGAAGACUUGGGAAUCAGAGUGUCUGUGGAAAUCAUGACUGCUGCUAAAUGGGCUCGGUAUGAUUGAUGGGUUUGUCGGGAACAAUAUAAUAAAAGCUUCAGUUUUAUGUAAAGUUUUUUAAUAAUCUUUUACCUUCUUGUAUUUCAGUUUCUGCCCUCGAACAAGAAGUUGUCAGUUUGUGGUAUCAAGGUUUCAGAAAUGAAUGGGGUCCAGCAAUGAAUUUAAGUUGUGUGAGGUAUUAAAUAAGUUCCUAAAAUAGGAAAUACAAAAUUAUAGAUAUCAGAUUUGUGCAUCGGUGAAAGGAUAAAUUGGAGGUGAUAAGAUAACAAAUCAAUAAAAGUGAUAGAAGCAGUGAAUAAUAAUAGAAGCAAGUGAAAAAAGUCUGCAUUUCCACAAUUAAACGAACAGGUUCAAAGGGCCAAAGGCUAAAAUGAGCAUCUUGGAAUAUCCGUUGAAAAGCAAGACUGAAGAUCCAGGGGUGAUGCCUGUCAUCAAGCACGAAAAUAUAAGUUUAAUGGAUCCAAUGAUGGAAAUCAAGGCGGAAGUGGAGGUGUGUUAUGAGUCUGAUGGCGACACGAAGUAUCCCUGCGAGGAUUUCACGUCAGCGCUCGGGUACAAAGGAGGCGAUUCGCUGCCUAUCAAGAAGGAAAUUGAUAAGGGGAAGCUCUUAACAACCCACAUGGCAAUCCACAGUGGGGAGAGGUCCUUUGCGUGCAAUGACUGUGGGAGGUCAUUUUCCCAGAAAUCGCAUCUCAAGCGCCAUGUGGCAGUCCACACUGGGGAGAGGCCCUUCGUGUGCAAGGAGUGUGGGAAAUCUUUCCGUGAUAAAUCAUGUCUCAAGACCCACAUGAGGAUCCACACGGGGGAGAGGCCUUUCGUGUGCAACGACUGUGGGAAGUCUUUCUCCCAAAAACCGCAUCUCAAGACCCACAUGGCGAUCCACACUGGGGAGAGGCCGUUCAUGUGCAAGGAAUGUGGGAAGUCGUUCUCCCAAAUAGCACAUCUUCAGUGCCACAUGGCAGUCCACACGAGGAAAAGGACCUUCAUGUGCAAGGAGUGUGGGAAGUCUUUCUCCCAAAAAGCACAACUCAAGACCCACAUGAGAAUCCACACAGGUGAGAGCUUCAUGUGCAAGGAGUGUGGGAAGUCGUUCUCCCAGAAAGGGUAUCUCGAGACCCACAUGAGGAUCCACACAGGAGAGAGCUUCAUGUGCAAGGAGUGUGGGAAGUCAUUCUCCCAGAAAGGGUAUCUCGAGACCCACAUGAGGAUCCACACAGGAGAGAGACCCUUCGUGUGCAAGGAAUGUGGGAAGGCGUUCACCAGGAAAUUAUUUCUCAAUCGCCAUGAGGCAAUCCACGCAGUGGACAGGCACUUUGCCUGCAGGGAAUGUGGGAAGUCUUUCUCCCAAAAAGCGAAUCUCGAGACCCACAUGAGGAUCCACACGGGUGAGAGGCCCUUUGUGUGCAGGGAAUGUGGGAAGUCUUUCUCCCGAAAAGCGAAUCUCGAGACCCACAUGAGGAUCCACACGGGCGAGAGGCCCUUCGUGUGCAGGGAAUGUGGGAAGUCAUAUUCCCUGAAAUCAAGUCUCAAAACCCACAUGGCAGUCCACACAACCAACAUGGCAGUCCACACAACCAACAUGGCAGUCCGCACAGCGAAGAGUUCCCUCACAUGCAAGGUCUGCGGGGAGUCAUUCUCUCUUAUAUCAAGUCUUAGGUUACACAAGGUGAUCCACACAGGGGAGAGGGCUUUCACCUGCCAGGACUGUGGGAAGUCGUUCUCCCACAAAUCAAGUCUCAAUUACCACAUGAGACUCCAUUUUGGGGAGAAGCCAUUUGCUUGCGAAAAGUGUGGGAAAACGUUUUCCUGGAAGAACAGCUUGACGCGACAUUUCUUGACUCACACAGGUUCAUGUUGAGGAGUUUCUUUCUAUCUUUCUCUCUAUCUUUUUUUCUCUUUCUUUCUUUCUGUAAUUCUUUCUUUCCAACUUUUUUCCUUUUUUGGUCAUUCUUUCUGUAAUCCAUUCUUUCUUUCUAUAUUACUUUUUGUGUAUCUUUCUUUCUUAAUAGCCUUCUAUCUUUCUGUUUGUUCCUACACAUAAUACAAACCCUCAGUCCCAUACAUAAGGAAUUGCUUUCAUCGUAGGCUGGAAAUCGGUCGUAAGAGAAUAACAACAAGGUAGUUAGGUAGUAACUGCUUGUUCACUAGUUGGGAGUUCCACUCUACCAGACAUAAACAUUCCACUUUGCUCUCGGCUGCUGUUGUGUGCAGACGUACUCUCUGCUCUCUCUGUCUUCGAGAAUUGCGAGACCUUCCUUUGUUGUGUCUUUUGUGAAUGAUUGUGUUUUGUUGUUUGCUCUUAUCAUGCAAACCCAAAACUCGGAUAAGCCUAACCGCUCUCCAUGCUCGCAACAUGUUCAGCCUGGGAUGGGGGCCAGAAAGUGCAGUAGCUUCCGCUCCAAAGUGGAAGUGAACCCUCACGUCCUCUGCGUGAAGUACCGAGGGCGUGAGUGUUCUCUAGAUUACGUCUGGUUGGGCGGAACUCCCGACUAGCGAACAAGCAGUUACUGCCUAGCUGCCUUGUUGUUAUUCUCUUAUGACUGAAUUCCAGCCUAUGCUGAAAGUAAUUCCUAAUGUAAAGGACCUCAGGUUUGUAUAAUUUGGAAAAAUGAAAUUGUUAAGAUACAAUAAAGUUUUACACAUACUUACCUGGCAGAUAUAUACUUAGCUAAUGUCUCUGACGUCCGACAGAAUUCAAAACUCGUGGCACACGCUACAGGUAGGUCAGGUGAUCACCCCCUACCGCCGCUGGGUGGCGGUAAUAGGAAUCAUUCCCGUUUUCUGACAGAAUUUUUCUUCCCCCUAUCUCCUGAGGGGAGGAUGGGUGGGCCAUUAAAUGUAUAUAUCUGCCAGGUAAGUAUGUGUAAAACUUUAUUGUAUCUUAACAAUUUCAUUUUUACACAUGCAACUUACCCGGCAGAUAUAUACUUAGCUGAUUGGCACCCUUGGAGGAGGGUAAGAGAUAGUUACUCAAUAUGAAUAGCAAUUCAAAAAACAGGGAAAACAACUUUUGUUGUAGGUACUAUAAAUAAAUUUAAAUACCUUGAUUCCUACCUUAUUGGGCAGAAGACUUCAUGAGUACUGUCUAUGAGUCUGCUUGCCUCAAGAGUUCCAGUGAGGAUGAGACCUGUCACUGAGAACUCGACAGAGCCUUAUUUCGGAUCGUACCAAUGGGGCCUAUCCCACUUACAUGGUAGAGCCUUCACCUUUGUCAUAUCAACGGGGACUAACCCUCUUACAAGACAGAGCCUAGGUCCAAACCAUUACAAGGAGCAUGAAACAACCAAUCUCGACCACCUGACCACACUAUUUUGUUAUACACUACGAUUUGAAAGUGGUACUUUUUUCCCUGACCACUUUCAAUCGACCAUAAAAAACAACACCACAAGAUUAAAAUUCCUAAUCUAUCCAAACUAAGCUAGAUUGGUUUCAGCCCCCUGUCCCAGCACCGAAUCCGCAGACACGUAAGGUCCGAGAGAGAAGCACUUAUCAUAAGUCACACGUACAUCUCUCAAAUAGUUAGACGCAAACACAGAAUUGCAUCUCCAAUAUGUGGAUCCAAUUAAGUCCUGUAACGACAUAUUCUUGUGAAAAGCUAAGGAGGUUGCCACGGCUCUGACCUCAUGUGCUUUAACUCUCAUCUGUCCGAGAUGUUCCUCUUCACAGGAAAUAUGUGCUUCUGUAAUAAUAUCUCUGAUAAAGAAUGCCUGUGCAUUCUUCGACAUCGUUCUUCUCGGAUCUCUUACUGAGCACCAAAGGCUCUCGGGGUUUCCUCCCAUUUGCUUUUUCCUCUCUAGAUAGAACUUGAGGAUCCUUACCGGACACAAGGUUCUCUCUAUCUCUCUCCCUACCAGGGAAGUCAAUCCUUUAACUUCAAACGUCCUUGGCCAAGGCUUAGAAGGAUUCUCAUUUUUUGCUAAAAAUAGGGGGUUAAAUGAACACACUGCAGAAUCCUUCCUGAAGCCCACUGUGCCUUCUAAAGCCUGGAGUUCACUUAUUCUUUUAGCUGAUGCUAAUGCAAAGAGGAAAAUAGAUUUCCUAGUCAAGUCCCUAAACGAUGAGUUAUUGGGAGGUUCAAAUUUAUCUGACAUGAGAAACCUUAGCACCACAUCCAGGUUCCAGCUGGGUGGUCUAGCUGUCUUGGACUUCGAAGUUUUGAAUGAUUUAAUCAAAUCGUGUAGGUCCUUGUCAUCCGUGAUGUUUAGUCCUGUAUGUCUAAACACCAAGGAAAGCAUACUUUUAUAACUUUAAUAGUCGAGACUGCAAGGUUACAUUUUUGUCUCAAAUACAACAGGAAAUCUGCUAUUUCCGUCACAGAGGUACUGGAAGAGGAUACAUUCUGAUUCCUGGCCCACCUUCGGAACACUUCCCACUUCGACUGGUACACGCGUAUAGUUGAAGGUCUCCUGGCUCUUGCAAUUGCCUUUGCAGCCGCGCAUGAAAACCCCUUCGCUCUGACGAGUCCUUCGACAGUCUGAAGGCAGUCAGACCGAGCACGGGGAGGUUUUUGUGGUAUCUGUCGAAGUGGGGCUGUCUGAGAAGAUCGUUCCAUAAAGGAAGGUACCUUGGAAAAUCUAUCAUCCAUUCCAGUACCUCUGUGAACCACUCUUGAGCUGGCCAAAAUGGGGCGAUUAGGGUCAAUUUCGCUCCUUUCGUCAAAACAAACUUCCUUAUGACGUUUCCUAUGAUCUUGAAAGGAGGAAAAGCGUAGCCGUCUAUUCCUUCCCAAUUUAGGAGGAGGCCGUCUAUUGCUACUGCCCUUGGAUCCGAAAUCGGAGAGCAGUAGUUCUCCAGCCUGGCAUUCCAAUGAGUUGCAAACAGGUCUAUGUUUGACCUUCCCCAUAGGCUCCAAAUCUGAUUGCAGACCUCUGAGUGCAGGGUCCACUCCGUGGAAAUGACUUGAUCUUUCUUGCUCAACAAGUCUGCUCUGACGUUCUUCUCGCCUUGGAUAAACCUCGUUAAGAGCUUGAUGUUCCGCUCCUUUGACCAUAGAAGAAGCUCCUUCGCCUUCUUGUACAGUGAGAGGGAGUGAGUCCCCCCCUGUUUUCUUAUGUAGGCUAGAGCUGUCGUGUUGUCUGAAUUUACCUGCAACACUGAGUUCGUGACUUGGGAUUCCCACUGUCUGAGAGCUAGAUGCACUGCCACUAACUCUUUCUCGUUGAUGUGCCAGGACACCUGUUCCCCACUCCAGGUGCCUGACACUUCUCUCGGUCCCAACGUCGCCCCCCAUCCCAUUUCCGAAGCGUCUGUAAACAACACUAGGGAGGGGUUCGGUAACUGCAGCGAUAGUCCCUCGUUUAGUCUGCCUGGUUCUAACCACCAGCUGAGGCUUUCCUUUAUACCUCUGGACAGAGGAAAAGAUUCCCACAGAUCCUGAUUCUUCUGGUCCCAAUUCUCCUUCAAGAAGAAUUGAAGUGGUCUUAUGUGAAGCCUCCCUAGAGAAACGAACUGUUCCAACGAGGAGAGGGUCCCCAGAAGACUCAUCCAUUCCCUCGCGGAACAUUGUUCUUUCUCUAGGAAGGUCUUCACUUUUAGAAUGCACCGUUCCUGUCUUUCUAUGGACGGAAACACUUGAAAACCCCGAGAAUCCAUCAGAAUCCCCAGAUAGACAAUGCUUUGCUGGGGAUCCAUCUGGGAUUUCCCGAGGUUCACUAACAGUCCCAGGGACUGAGUCAGAUCCAACGUCGAUCUUAGGUCCUCCAGACACUGAUCCCUGGAUUGAGAGUGAAUCAGCCAAUCAUCGAGAUACAGAGAUAUCCUUAUUCCUUUUAAAUGUAGCCAAUGUGCUACGUUUUUCAUCAAUCCCGUGAAAACUUGGGGAGCUGUGGAAAGACCGAAACAAAGGGCGC